UAUAUAGCUAUGAAACUCCUUCAACACACAAGUCAGUGCUUUGCAGUAGCUCUCUUUCUCUCUCUAUAAAUUACAUAACUCUCUCUGUCGCUCUAUUUACAUAUUCAAUCAAUCUAGUGGUGAAAACAAGAGGGUGACUGGGGAAAAAGACGUGACGUUGAAAAUAUUGUAUUGUAAGAUCUGUCAUUCUGACCUUCACAUAAUCAAAAAUGAAUGGGGCAACACUAGCUAUCCUUCCCUACCUGACAUGAGACUGUGGGUGUAGUAACUGAGGUGGGUAGAAAAGUACAAAAAUUUAAAGUUGGGGACAAAGUUGGGGUGGGGUGUAUGGUUGGAUCAUGUCAUUUCUGCAACGGUUGUGCCAAAGAUCUUGAAAACUAUUGUCCCAAAGUAUUACUCACAUACAAUUCCACAUACUAUGAUGGAACCCCAACCUAUGGAGGUUACUCUGAUAUCAUGGUGGUUGAUGAGCACUUUGUGAUUCGCAUCCCCGACAACCUUCCUCUUGAAGCCUGUGCUCCUCUUCUUUAUGCUGGAAUCACAACUUAUAGCCCUCUACGAUACUUUGGACUCGACAAGCCUGGUAUGCAGGUGGGUGUGGUUGGUCUUGGUGGUCUUGGCCAUGCAGCUGUGAAAUUUGCCAAGGCUUUAGGUGUUAAAGUAACAGUGAUUAGUACCUCCCCUGGCAAGAAGAAGGAAGCUGUUGAACGACUUGGUGCAGAUUCAUUUUUGGUUAGCCAUGACCCAGAUCAGAUGCAGGUUGCUAUGGGCACAAUGGACGGUAUCAUAGAUACUGUUUCUGCAUCUCACCCUGUCCUAACAUUGAUUGAUCUGUUGAAAUCUCAUGGAAAGCUCAUCUUGGUUGGUGCACCAGAGAAGCCACUUGAGCUUCCAGUCUUUCCCUUGCUCAUGGGAAGAAAGAUAGUGGCUGGAAAUUGUUGA